AUGGAAACCACUUCUCGAAAUAGUUCGACGGAUAGUCAGAAUCACGAUACAAAUGUGAAUGUUGCUAUUCCAUUUGCUCCAAACUUUGCCACGAGCGCGUCACAACAAAAAGGCAGUCAGCAGACCUCUCCCUUUGCGAUAACCUCCAUGCUUCAUGACCUCUCCAUCGCAACACCUGGAGUGACGUCAGGUCCUACUUCUGAUAUCUCUACAAACAAGAACUCUGGCAGUUUAGUUGAUAGUUUGUUAGCUGAUAUCGGACAUGGUCCAUAUUUGCUGAAGAUUGGCCAGAUACCAGAAGACCUUACUGAAAGGGAAAGUCAUUUGAUAUUCUCUCUAGCAGAUGGUAUUGAGUCUGUGAGACUUGUAGAUGACAAAGAUGGCAAGGAAGUUGAAAAAGAACACAAAAGUAAUGUUUCAGAGCCAGGGAAACGCAUUGAGGCUACGAUGAAAAAUCUCAGAUUGCUAGCUCAAUAUGCUACGAUAUUGAGCAGGAAGGAUACCUUGUUUGGACCGCAACAGUCGAAAAAAUGCACUAUUGAAGCUAUUGAUCAGGAAAGCAAUAAGAGUAUUGACUUAGAAUUGUUGAAGCAAGUAUUUGAAGCGCACAAAUCCAUGCAUCCUGAGCAUAAAAAUGAAAGUAUAGGUCAACGCCAUUCGAGAUUUUCAUUUAAUGAUCCAUUUAGUUCAGAAGGAGUGAACUCAUCAUUGGUUUUCCAGACCAAUCAAUCAAACCAAUCUAGCAACCCAGCUACACAACUAAGUGGUAUAUCUGAAAACCCAGUCCCAAUUGAAAGCACAAUUCAUCAAUCUAAUAGAGCUAACUCAUUCUUGGUCAGGGAGAACAAUGAUAUCAAUGAAAGUAUAUGGAAUGACAAUGGGAUUAACAACAGUCUAAAUGGCCUAGUAGCAUCUUCACAACCACAAACACCAUCUGUUGAUUGGACAGGCCAAAAUGAUAGAAAGAAAUCUGCAGCAUUCUAUUUCCCAAAUAAUCCUUCUCAAGCAAAUGUUAUGCCAGCUCCAACAGGAGCCAAACAAACACAAGUUGGUUUGGCCAGCCAGCUACCAUCGGGUGAACUUGGCCAACAAAUGCAAAUCAACACCAAUAUGGGAAUGCCAAAUGCUAGUCAACCAUUUGCUUCGUCUACCUCGUUGUCAUCAUUUAAUGUGGUACCUCAACUUCAUGGUGAUGGUCAAUCAUUUGUCAAUCCAAUAACAGCAUCAGAUUUGAAUAUUGGUGUCCAUGAUGGCAGUCGAUUUACCCCAUUUAAUCCAGUUGGUCAGACACCAACAUUAAGUAUGCAGAAUAAUCAAGUCACGACCGAAAACGCUCAAUUGCCUCUCAUGCAAGGUAACACUGCUCAUAAAAUGGGACCAUCUAGAAUCACUUCACAAAGAAAUGCGCUAUCAUCAAAUAUGAUUCCCAAAGUAGGCAAUGUGAACUCUAGUAACAUGGGUAUGACAUCAGAGGCUCAAUUCAACAAGCAGAGUGGUCUAAACUCGACUGCUUCAAGUACGAGUAAUAUUGCAAACAUACCAGGUAGCAACAAUAUUUCUCAGGCAGAUUUAUCUCUGCUUGCAAGAAUCCCACCUCCUGCCAACCCUGCGGAUCAAAAUCCUCCUUGUAAUACACUGUAUGUUGGUAAUCUGCCAUCAGAUGCUACCGAGCAAGAAUUGAGACAAUUGUUUUCGAACCAGUUUGGUUUUAGGAGGUUGUCUUUCCGCAAUAAGAAUGCUAAUGGCACUGGUCACGGUCAUGGACCUAUGUGCUUUGUCGAAUUCGAUGAUGUUAGUUGCGCUACUAGAGCACUUGUAGAGUUAUAUGGUAGCCAAUUGCCUCGUGCAACUGUUAAUACUAAAGGAGGUAUACGUUUGAGUUUCUCUAAGAAUCCAUUGGGAGUAAGGGGACCUACAAAUAGAAGAAAUACGAAUACAUCAUCUACUAAUGUUUCAAGUAAUAAUUUAGGAUCGACUCAGGGCCAAAACUCAGGGAUAGUAUACAAUAAGCCAUGA